AUGAAUCGACAUCAGGAAAAAGCUGCUUUAAAUAUUUAUCAACGACGAAAAACAUCCACCGACUGUGCCUAUCUACUAGGAUUUUUUUAUCAUUACGGUAUCGGGUUUGAUGGUAAAUGUGACUACGACCAGGCAUAUCGAUUGUAUAAAUAUGCUGCCGAUGAUGACAACAGCUUUGCGAAUAUACAAAUAGGUGAACUUUAUCAGGAUGCCAGAGAUCAUAAAGCAGCCGUUGGAUCGUGUAGAAAAGCAGCUAUUUUGGGACACCCACAGGGAGCGUUUAAAUAUUCAUUAUUUUUGAGUUAUCCUAAAAGCAUUUAUUGGGUUCAAAAAUCGGCCGAAGGAGGAUUCGAAGCAGCACAAUGUGACAUGGUAUAUCGUUAUUGCAAUGGAAGCGGUGUAUUAAGAGAUCAACAUCGUGCUCUAUAUUGGAUUUUAAAAUCUGUAAAGAACGAAAAAUUCGGUAACAUAUUUAUAUUCAUUAUUCAUGUUGCUCUCGUUAAACCGGACAUGUUGGGCUGA